AUGGACUCUGAAUUGAACAUCACUGCAUCAGACUCAACCUUCAAGGCCACGGCUCAGGAUGGCGUCUUUCCGCUUUUCCCAUUUUUACCAAAGGAGCUGCGACUGCAAAUAUGGGAGGAGGCGACACCGCGUGAGCGACUCAUACAACUCACCGUCGCGAUCCCAGAUGAUCGAGACGAAGAUGAAGAGCCUCCUUAUAUACGAUAUCUAGAGAAGAAUCACCUAGGGAACCCCGUCAGCGGCAGCGGCUAUCUGCUCUAUGCGAAAGAUGCCAGUAUAGGACAUGAGCUCUUCAGUGUCAACAGGGAAGCCAGACAGGUUGCUCUAGACUUCUAUCGCAUUCAUAUGCCCUGCCAAGUUGAAGAGCCUGGCCCUUGGCAGAGGACUCUGUAUCUCAACCCCGAGCACGACGUGCUUCAAAUUCGAGCAGAAGCGCCUGUAAAAGAGUCAUUGGUCGACUUUCUGUGGGAUUUGAAAGCGUACGACCCUAAGGGCGUGGGGCUACUGAAGGUAGCAUGGGACCUGAUGGGCUUCUGUGGCAACGACCUCCAAUAUCGGAAGCGGUCGGACCUGCUCCUCAUCCGGCAACGGAAAGCGCUCGUCGACACCCUCUCUCAGCUGCAAGAGGUUUGGUUCGUCUACAUCGAGGCCAAUAAGCACGGGUGCAAGAAAGCCACCGACCGGCCUGGCAAUAUCAUCCCGUACGACGGUGAAGUGACGGCAUUUGAGAGCAUUGGACCUGAUGCGAGGGAUGGUGUGGAGACCGAGUUGCAGCAGUUAUACAUGGGCAGCGUGGAUCCGCGGGAGCUCAUUUGGCGGUGGAAAAGGCUGCUGCGGACGUGGGAGAUACAGCACCAACCUGGACAUGUCAGGUACCGGUUGAUGGUUGCGCAAAAGCCCGUGUAUAGUCCAGACGCCUGGAGGAUCAGCAGGUUACCUCGACUCAUGAAAUCCUUGAGUAUCCGGAACGAGGAGCGCAAAGACGACGUGGAGGUUACGGCCGACGCAGCCGAUGAUGGACCAGUACCAGGAGAAGGAAAACAACAGGGAACACGCACGCUGGAGCCUGUAACUGUUGGCUUCUGGUCAUUUCCGCUUGACGCGGUAGGAGAAGUUGGCGAGGUAUUCGGUUGCAACAACUACCCUGACCACCAUACCAAUGAUCCUGUCUCCUGUGGCACCUGGGCAAUAUAUCCAUACGUGACAUCGGGCUCCUGCUGGUGGAGCCAUCCCCAGAUCGACCUCGGACCUGAUUUGACACGUGCAUGGGUCUGCGGUAGAGCAUUGCUGAUUGAGCUUACCUCGAGCUUACGUAGACACAAUCGCAGCUACGGAUGCGGCCAGGUUGCUUAUCUCGACACGACCUGGUUAGGUUUCAACAACAUGUUCAGUCCGUCGCGAGGAGCUUUGUUCUUGGUGAUCGCGCUGUGUCUUCUCUGGGGUUUCCACCUUGGCGCAUACCUGGAUCCCGAGACGUCGGACGCAUCUGGCUCAUAUUUCGAUUUCAAGUCCAGAGGCACCGGAUCUCCUCUAUCAUCACACGUGCAUACCUAUUUUGAGCAGGUUUUCUCAGUGGAGAAGCCCCGAGAUUACAAAUUCUCUGCUGUCAAAGCUGCGUGCGAGCGAACGCAAUGGCAGGAACAAAACAAGAACACGUAUCUCAGAUGUGAUGGCAUCAACGCGGGGAUGACUUCGAUCAUCUCCCAAGUCAAAGUCUGCUUUAAGAUGGCGAUCGAUACCGGUGUACACUUGAUCCUGCCCAAUAUGCCCCUCCGCGAUAGCGACGACUUGCUCAAGUUCAACCUCCUGAAUGCAUCCGCAUAUAUGGAUUACGACCAAUGGUUCGACCAUGAACACGUGCUGGCCUCAAUGUCCAGAGCGUGUCCCCAGAUGAAUAUCAUACAAAGUAAAGACGUGGGCACACCAUCCUUGCCGGUUCUCAACGAGUGGAAGAUGGACAUCGGGUCUGCUCCAGGGUUUCGGAUGCUGUCUGGGUAUUUCUGGGUUGGAAGGCCUUUCAAAUCUUGGUUUGACAGCGAACUUGCUCAACUACGCUUCUUCAGCAGUGUGAGCUCUAAGGACGAAGUCGAGCAAGAGAACACGAGCGAGCUUUCCCGGUCGACAGCGGAGAAGGGCGCAACAAUCCUCCAGAUAGCCUCUCAGUUUCUCCUCUUCCGUCUGACGGAUGACCCCACCGGCAGAGAAGUCGCCCUGUGGAAUGAUCUGGCGCACCUUGUACGCUUCACUGAGACCCCACGCAAGCUCACAAACAGGAUCCUCUCGCACAUCGACAGGCCAUACUUUGGCGUGCACUUCCGCACCGAACGCGACAACAUCUGGUCAUCGUUCGAGAACCAGCUUCAAGUCGACCUCGACGCGCUUGACCAGGCAUGGGCGCAAUAUGGCUCUGCAGCUCAGGAGAAACCGCUGGUGUACCUAGCUUGCGGGGACGAGGGCCAGAUUGAGAAGUUUUCAAGGGCGGCGGCACAGCGCGGCUGGACUGUUACCUCCAAGUAUGAUAUUGCGAAAGACUAUCCUGCCACUUUGAAGAUGAUCAAGGAGAUGCCGUUUGACUUCCAGGGCGCGGUGGAUAUGGGUGUCAUGUUGGAGAGUCACUUCUUCCUUGGCAUCACCGGGAGCGCCUUCUCGAGUUCUGUAGCUAACAUGAGAGACACGACGGGGAGAUACAGGGGGAGCAGCUUGCUUUACGCCGACGAUGGCUGGGAAUGUCUGUCGCCGAUGAGACCACAUGUGGCCGGUCACUUAGAAUUUGAAUAUGACGUUGCUUCCAGCACGUGGAAACCCAGUCAGGGCUUCGAGGGCUCGUACUCGAAUCUGAAGGGCAUAUCUGACGGCUCGCUACAUGCCGAGUUCCUUCCUGCUGUGCCAGAAACAAUAUUUGUGGCUUCUGUCAAGGCAGCAGUCUAUGCAAAUGGAUUCUAUGUCGCACCACAUCACUCAUCCGUCGUUCUAGGUGAGCGCUAUCUGGACCACGUUCUUAGAUCCAAGCAAGGCCAUCAAAUCCAACCCUCCGUGCUUCGAAUCAUUGAAGUGAUGUAUGAUAUGAAGUGGUACAACAACAACACGUCCGUUGGCUGGAGUAUGCUGACUACUGGUCACACAGAUAUCCGCGUAUUAGCCUUCAGAUUAGGCCAAGCUGUUGAGUCUGAACGCUGCUUGACCGUUGGGGACGAGGGAGAAGUCAUCCUGGUGAUACCAGAUGGAACUUGGGCCCCGAAGAGUGUCACAAGCGCUAGCUGCGAAGUGCUAGCCCAAUCCCUCGGCUGGAAGGUAGAGAGACGACCGAUUGGAUGCAACGAUCUCGCCAGCUUCUCUGAGGUCAUGGUUACCGGUCCUGGUCUGUUUCCCGUGCGCUCCAUCACUCGUGCUACGGAUCAAAACAGAUUCACCUACAUGAAGUGCGAACAGGACUUCGGAGAAGGUUAUAAGAUUCUAUCAAGUCUUUUGGACGACAUUCUUCGAGGGAGGGUAGCGGAUGACUUUGGCUGGAAUGUCCAUUCCGUCUACGAUUCUAGGUUCGAAGCAAUGUCUUCCGACAUGCGGACUGACAGACAGCCGAUGAAGAAUGCGUCAUUUAUGUGCAGGAGCGAUGGGGCUCAUUCGAAAGACUUUUAUUUCGCGCUGCUCCCAGCUAGGCGAUAUUGUAAUUGA